UCGAAUCUCAUUGUUAACACAUAUUUUUUAAAUUUCACUUCAGAGCACCUACAACCUUAAAAUUCUAGAUCCGCCUAUGGAGCAAGGCUAAUAUUGAGACAGAUACAUUGAGCCAAAAGAAAAUUAGCAUGAACAACUUGACCUAUUUGGGCAUAUCAAAGCGGCCUUUGGUCAUAGAAAUUUAGACCUUGGAGUCCAAAUUUAUGUAGUUGGGCAUCUCCGAUAAAGAUUAGGCCCACCUUCAUAGAGAAAAUCAUGACUAAACAAUUUUACUGCACCAAUUACAAUUUUAUGUACAUAUAAAUAGUAAAAAAUAAACACAAAAAUACAACAACAACACAAUUAAGUAAAUAAUGAAAAAGGAUUAUUAACGUUUCUUAAAGAAAGUUAGCCACCUUUUUAAAAACGGAAGGCACGACGGCUUGACGCUUGUAAGGCUCAUGUUGGCAUACGUCUUACCUUACAAUUUUGACGCCCUUAAUGGCAAUGUUUUCCUUUUGGUAUCAUCCUUAAAUAGUUUAUCCUUUUGAAAAUUUUGAUCAAUUUGUUGGACUUUUGGCUCUGACUCAUCAUAUUGCACAUAAAAUGUAUUACUUCCUCAUAGAAACAUCGCUAACGGUUGAGCUAUAUGCUCCAUGUCCGUCAAUAACUUGUCGAAUGCGAGACUCGCGCCUAAUAACGAGAUUAAUAGGUUUUUUUGUGUCAUCGAUUGCAUUUCUCUUUUAUAACUUGAAACUAUUUUAAAAAUAAAUUUGUAAAAUCUAAUUAAAUUUUCAUAACGGAAUAAAUUUUUAAUCUGACAUAAAUAUAUGAUCAAUCUUUUUUUCGAAUACAUGAAAACAUUUCGUUCCAUUUUUUUUUUAAAAAAUAAAAAAUAAAAAAUUGGCAAUUGAAGAAAUAGAGAAGGUGGUUAAUAAUGAAGUAAGAGAGAGAAAGAAAUUGUGUAACCACCUCUCCUUAUAUAUAAGAAGAAAAAAAAAACAAAUUAGAGUUGGUUUGUGUUAAAAAAAAUAACAGAAUGGCGGAAUCAAGCAACCAGGGGGAGCGAAUGCAGGCGUUGGCGUUGGUGUCUGCAGAUGAACUGAAAAGAGAGUUGCAGAGAAAGGCGAAAUGUAUAGUUGAAGACGAUGAUUACACUAUUCAUGACACUGAAGAAGUCAUGGACUGUUUGAGUGCUCUAAAAGACUUGAAAUUGAGACCUGCUCCACCUCCUCAAUAUCUUUGCCCAAUUUCUCAUCAGCUUAUGAAAGACCCUGUUGUUCUCGCUUCUGGACAGACAUAUGACAGACCAUUCAUUGAAAAGUGGCUCAACAAGGGUAAUCGAACUUGCCCUGAAACAAAGGAGCUUCUCUCCAAUUUGGAUCUCAUCCCAAAUCUUCUAAUGAAAGAACUCAUUUCACUCUGGUGCAAGAAGCAUGGACUUGAGCUGCCUGAUAAGGACCAGGGUAUAAUCACAGAAGCAGACCGAGAUCGUUUUAAUUCACUGCUUCACAUAUUGUCGUCUAAUGAUGAUAUCCCGGAGAAGAUAAAGGCUGCAGAACAAGUCCGUAUGCUGACUAAACAGUUUCCAUCUCUACGGGCUUUUUUCGAAGAGGACAGUAUUGCUGUUACCAAAUUGCUAGAUCCUCUAAUGUCUGAAAAUGUGAAUGAUCAUCCUAAACUACAAGAACAUUUGAUCACAACAGUUACGAACAUCUCAAUACAUGACGCCAAUAAAAAGCUUGUAGCAACAAAUCCUGUUGUCAUUCCUUUACUUAUUGAGUCAUUGACGUUUGGAACAAUUGAAACAAGAAGCAACUCUGCUGCUGCUCUCUGCACACUAUCAUCACUUGAGUCAAACAAGUGUAUUAUAAUGAAGGCAGGUGCUCUCGAGCCUUUAGUUAAACUCCUGGAUGAGGGACCAUUGUUGGCCAUGAAAGAUGCUGCUGCAGCAAUUUAUAGUCUCAUUCUUGUCAAAGAAAAUAGGGCUGUAGCUGUUUUUGAAGGAGUAGUAAAAGUGAUUAUGAAGAAGAUCACUGAUCGCAUACUCAUUGACAAAAUGUUAGUCCUUCUUGCUCUACUGUCCAGUUAUGACAAAGCUAUUGAACAGAUGAUAAAGCUGGAGGCAGUCUCUUGUCUUCUUAGUAUCAUUAAGGAGGACAGAAGUGAUGAAAGUAAGGAGCACUGCAUCACAAUUCUUCACACACUGUGUUAUAAUGAUCGAACAAGGUUGAAAGAGAUGUGGAGAGAUGAGAGUGUUAAUGGCGCCAUUGCUAAUCUUGCCCUAAACGGGACGACUAGAGCCAAGAGGAAGGCCAAAGAAAUUGUUGAGCGGAUAGACAAAUAUUUCUCUGAUGAGCAAAGUAGUUGAGGCUGAAUAUAUUUUGCAUAUAAACAUUCUUAAUCACCCCAUGUAAGUGCUGUUGAUUCUCAUUAGACCGAAUUCGUCCUUGUAGGAAAAUAUAGAUUCUUUUGCUUGUACAUUAGUGUGAAAUCCUGAACAUUCUUUGUAGUUUGUGUCACCUUUAAAGACAGAUACAUCCUGCUUAUAAUGUUGAGAAGUUGAAAUUGCUUUACUAUUGGUUUUGCUAUCUCCAGUGUGAAAGGUGAAGAUAUACAAAAUAUUUUCAGA